ACAAGGACUGUGUGCUCACGGCGCCACAUUACUCAAUAGUUUGGUUAUUGGUUAUCUCUCCACUGCAUGUAAACUGGGAGAUCCCGCUGCUGGACCCUGCGGAUCAAUCAAGCUAUUGCCUUAGUUGGGGCUGCUCUCUGAAUGCCAGAUAUAUAAUCUGAUGGUACAGCGAUUAAUCCACAUAUUCAUUUAAUGACGUCAGGCUUGCAGAGAAAGACAUCAAUAGGAAAAAGGGAAGGUUAGAGCUCUGAUGCGGAGAACAGAAAAGUACUGUUUACUGAACGCAAUGGUACUUAUUUGAGGACAAACUGAUCUGGAACGACCACCAGCCAUUACAAAUAGAUCAAAGCCAAACCAGAUAAAAGGCAGUCAGGGCCAUUUAGCUGCUUCUUUGCCCCACUUUCCUCUGUCACCCAAUCUCCUAAGCAGAACAAUGAUGAUGCUCAGGCUAAACAAAGCUCUAAGAAUAUGCUCUUUAAAAACAAAUUGGGACUAAAGUAGUCAUUUCUUUCAGAAUGUUUAUUUUACGUGUUUACGGACGGUUUCAAAAGUUAUAAUCGACUGAAAUAUGAUUUCAUAUACCAGCUGAAACAUGGAGUAUGUUGCUAUAUGUUUCCAGCUAUAUGUAUAGCAAAAAGAAAUUUAAAAAAGGCAUUUUACCAUUCAGUGGCUUGUUUAAUUCCAAACAUUUCUCAGCAGCUUACGUUAAUGGGAACAAAAGGAAGUUACCAAAUGCAGUUUACGUACAAAGCCUCAAGUAAUUUGUCUCUGCUCUGCAAGUCACAUGACUUGUGGUCAUGGUAAAAAAAAAGACGCUUACGGGAAAGAACUAUCAACAUCAGGUUGAUAACACCAGUGCAAUCAAAUACACAACAUAAGAUAAGCCAUUACUUUCGCUUUCUAUUUGCAUUCACAAACAAAGACUUUUAGUCUGAAAACUUUGGGUGUUUGCUAUGAAUUGUUAAAUUUAAACAUUAGAAAACAUGUUGCAAUGGUACAGUUACUCAACAGUUUAUAUAAGGAUUUUCUCAUUUCCUCUUCCAAUACAAAAAAUAAGCAUAAAAAUCUAGAUAUUCAGCACUGAAGAAUGGCACAGAUUCACCUCUUCCACUACAAUGGAUGGGAGCCACGUCACUGGGAACCCAAAAAUUUACGCCCAUUGGGUUUGUCAAAUCAUGAUUUAAAGGAUUCCAGAUCAGCAGCACUGUCUUAGAAUAAAUACGCUCGACAUGGUUCGCAUGAUAAAUAAAUACAGCAUUCACAUCACUUUCAACAUAAAAGCCAUGUGAAUGCAUAACAUCUGUGAGGAUCGAUGGGCUGAUUGAAAUGUAUAUCACAACAGUUAUGGUAACCCAAGUUUCAAGCAUAUCUACUUAAAUAACUGGAUAAUGGUUUUAUUUUAAUUCUAAAUGUUUAGAAAAAUUAGACAACAAUGUUGAAGUUUUAUAUUUCAUAGUCAAUUUUUAUUUUUGUUGACCUCAAUUGAGAAGCCAGGUGUAAAUACAAAGCCUGAUGCAGUUAGUACUUUAAACAUACAGAUGGCAGACACCAGUAUCUUCAUUCUGAGUUUUGCCCUGAAUAAAGAUCGAAAAUUUCUCUGGUUCGAAGAGACAAGGGUGCUUGCAGUUGCAUUGUUGGAGCAGGACACAAGUAGAGCGUAUUUGACGACACAAAGCACAACGGUUGACAAAUAUCUAAUAUGAAAUACAGCAACACCCAAGACACUGAUGUAAGAGACAAUACAUUGACUGAUGUAUGACAGACAUACCAACCAAUAAUAUCAACCAUGUCCAUCAUGCAUGAUUUCUAGACACAGCCCUUUCAUUAAGAAGCCCUACAACAAAUUGAAACUUUUCAACAACUGAUCUGAAAUGUGGUCAACACAUAAGACAGAUGCAGCUGAAAGAAGUCACCCACAAAUGACACCUGGUUCAAGCACAGCAGACUCCAGCCCUGGUAGGUAACUAAUGUUCCAUCCAGUGUACAGUACAUUAUACAGUCUCAUAAAGGGACGAAAACAAGUCAAAAUGGUGGCAAGCCUUGCUUUUAUUGACUUAUACUAGAGACAUUCUGGAUGCACAAUAGUGACAAUAGCAUGAAUGAGUCAGAUCAUGGUGUCUACCAUCCGUCACACCGCUUGUAUAUUACUUAUGGGAUGUAUAAACAGUGGUCUCGAUGUUCCUACUUUUAAGACCUCGCAAUACUUUCAAUUUGAUGGUGAUUCCACAUUGGAAAUCCUGUAAUAUGAAUCUGUACGGCAAAUGUCAGUUCCAAAUAUAAUUUUGGACAGAAAACAGGAGACUACUAUCGCUACGUCCGACUGAAUCGGGUGUCUGGGCUUUCUGAAGAUGAUAAGAGAAUAUGGGCGAGGCUCAGAGAAAACCAACCGAUCUUCCACAUCAAAAGUAGCCAGCUGAGAUGGUUGAGCCGCUUCUGGUGAGGGGAUCACGGCAUGUCCAUGGGAAACACUGUGGAUUCUAAAAAAAAAAGACUGAAAUGGAGACUUUUGUUUUUCUGUUUUCAUUCACUGCCCUCGGUGUCCUUUAUGCCAUGAACACCAAUCCUGCAUUACAAGAGCCGUACGUGAUCCUGGUUAUUGGCGCUGUGGUUUUGGUUGCAGUGUUUCUGUUCUACUUCCAUCUGACCCGCAGCAACCCCCCGAAGGAUUUCUUAUUCUUUGUGUUUACAGAAUUUUCCUUCACCUGUGUCAUUGACCUCACAAGCGCGCUGGAGUAUGACGGCUUUAUCUCUGGUUUCAUGGAGUUUUACCGGAAGACAGGGGAACCUUAUCUGGGCACAGCAUACGCCAUCAUGAUGUGUUACUGGGAUGGAAUAGCACACUUCGUCUUGUACCUGGUGAUGAUCAGCAGGAUAGCAGACAGGAGAGCCUACCGAACAGUGGGCUUGUUUUGGGCUGGCUCCUUAUGCGCAAACAUGAGCGUGUUUAUUACUGGCAUUGUUGUAGGUAAAUACGGGUCGGAGAUACGCCCUGCCUUUUGGCUCAACUUUCUCUUCCUUGUGAUGCCUGUGUUAGGGGCCAUUACUCUGUUUACCAGAUCCAAAGACCGACCUCUAACUGGAGGUUACAAUGCUCAACAUGCCCAAAGCAUGAAGCUUAUCUGGCGCCCCCUGGAUCUUUUGUUGGUGAUCCUUCUGUUAGCUGCCAUGGGCUUCACCAUCCUGCGUGGAUUAGCUGCCUUGGACUCUCCUCUUGGGGCCACGUCCAUCUACCUGAGGCAGUACGAGCCCUACUUGAAAGAUCCUGUGGGCUUCCCCAGAGUUAUGAUGCUACAUCAGUUCUUCUACGGGCUUCCAGUCAUGGGUGCCUUUAUCUACGGUCUCCUUAAGCCGGGAUGUACCUGGAUGUCAGACUGGACUGUGUUCUUUGCAGGAGCCAUGAUACAGUGUCAGUGGGCUCACAUCGGAGGGUCACUCCACCCGCGAACCACUGCUCCAUUUCGGAUACCAAGCAUCACUUUCUCCUCAGUUCUGGCGGCUAACCUACUGUACACUCUCACUCCUGUCCUGGUUGCCCUGCGAGUGCACAGUAAUCCCUAUUUCUUCCUGAAGAUUGCUCCUUUCCCAGGACAGACUGGCCUGCCAAACAGUGAGGAGAAGGAUACCAAAUACAAAAACAAGUGAUCCUAUUUAAUGUUGAAUAAAUUCCCCCCCAGGUUACCAUAUAUGCCUCUGAGAUUACUUUUUAUAUCCAUGUGAGAGUGUCAUGCUAACAGUGAAAUAAUGUUUGUGUUAAAACUGAAUGGUGCAUUCUGUCUGAGAGAGAAGAGAUCUGAUGAUUACACGCAUUUUUGCUUUCACUCCACUUGAGCAGCAUGAUAACUGACAAUGGUCUAUGAAUGAGUUAAGGAUUCACAUGGAAACAUAUCUGCUCACAAAAAUGGAUGUAAUUAUUAGUAGUAUAAUUCUGCAGACUGCAGUCAGAUUUUUGUGCAACUGUUGGUGCAGCAAUUGGUGGCUCUAAAUUGUCCAUGGGUCUAUAUUUUUGCAAUAAAUUCAUCACCCCCCUUGGAAGUGCUAUACCUGCUGCUUGAAGAAUUUGACUGAACAGCGCAACAACUAAUUUUACAUCAGACUCUGCGCAAAGGGAGCAAAACAUGACGACGGAAAAAUGAAUGCAACAUUGGUAUUUUCUUAGUGGCUAUCCCAAAGGAAAUAAAUACAAAUAAAAUAA